CCUUGGUCCAGUGUGUCAUACAUUCAUUGUUACAACUGAAAAACCCUACAGCACUUUGAGAUGGCAUUUUAUCUUCUUAUCACUUUGGGAUUUCUAUUCAUUUCAGGGGUGCCACUCCUGCCACCGCCACAAAAUGUUACAGUGGUCUCUCACAACAUGGAUGCCAUAUUGAAGUGGGAUAAUCCCCUACCUUUGUUCAGAGACAUUACCUACACAGCUGAAUACAAGCAUUCUCUGAUGAAGGUCUUUCAGUCAGUAUGCAUGGGUACAAAAGAGUGCAGGUGUGACUUUGGAAUACUCCCCAGUGUAAAUGGAACUUACAAAUUCAGAGUGAGAACAGAGCAUCAGAGAGAGAACUCAAGUUGGGUAGAGAUCCCCACAAACAAAAGCUUUAGUCUUACAAAAGAAAGGGUGCCACUCCUGCCACCGCCACAAAAUGUUACAAUGGUCUCUCACAACAUGGAUGCAAUAUUGAAGUGGGAUAAUCCCCUACCUUUGUUCAGAGACAUUACCUACACAGCUGAAUACAAGCAUUCUCUGAUUAAGGUCUUUCAGUCAGUAUGCAUGGGUACAAAAGAGUGCAGGUGUGACUUUGGAAGACUCCGCAGUGUACAUGGAACUUACAAAUUCAGAGUGAGAACAGAGCAUCAGAGAGAGAACUCAAGUUGGGUAGAGAUCCCCACAAACAAAAGCUUUAGUCUUACAAAAGAAACAAUUAUUGGUCCUCCCAAAGUCACUCUGGUCACCAAGGGAGGAGCUACAGGAUUCAUAGAGGUGAACAUUCAGGAUCCGGUGCUAAAGAUCGAUUCGCUGAAGGGAGCGUAUGGCACAGUGGCGUACAAUAUAAGAUACUGGAAGGAGACUGACAAGAAAAAUAUGUCUGAGAUAAAGGAGGCAGCUGAGCAGCAGGUCAAGCUGACACCACUGGAACCCAACACUAGAUACUGCGUUCAGGUCCAGAUGUAUGUACCACUAUGCUAUACUGAAAAGGAGUACAGCAAUAUCACAUGUUUAAUGAGCACAGAACCAAGGAUGUCUGAAGGACUGUUGGUCAUUUUGCUUAUGGUGGCUUUUUUACUACUCUUCCUAAUCUGCUGUGUAAUUUACAAAGGGAGAAAGUUCCUCCACCCCAAAGUUAAGCUACCUGAACACUUCAAAAAGCACCUGAAUAAUUCUUACCCAUGCUCCUACCUGGCCUCCCCAAUUACUUUACCCCUACAAGAGAAAUACGACCAGAUCAAUGCUCUUGACGAGGAAAACCCAUAUAAUGAGAUCACUUGUUUAUCAGAGGACAAUCUGUGCACUAUGGAUAGAGGGCAGUGCACUGAAUACUACAAUGCUGUUCAUAAAAAGGCAAAAUGUGACCUACCAUACAGGAAUAUAUGACUGGGAUAAAUGUUAUAAAAUAUGAGCUUAUGUAAUCAUGGGCAUUAAGGUAGUUAUGAUAUAUCAAACUAUAAACCUUUCUCAGUGGCAGAAUAGGUUUUUAUCAAUAGUUCCCAGCAAAGAUCUUUAAAAGAUUGGAUAUUGUCAUUCCGAAACAAUGUGCUUUACUUGUAUUUGUGGCCCAUGCUAAAAACAAGGGGGGGGGGGACCUUGAACAUCUACGAUGCCUUGCAUAAUUAUAGGGACAUUGACAUAUACCUUGAAAUAAAAGCUCUGAACAAUAUGCUUUUGGCCAUAGUACUGCAUAUUUCAACCCUCUCACUAUCAGAGAGAAAAUAAGACUAGUCUUCUUUCCACAAUGCCUGUUAAUAAAACAGCUUAUUAGACCUAUUAGUUUCUUUUACAUUUUAUUGUAAUUAUUUACAUACACUUUUAUGUUACCAUCUAGGUUGCUGUGAAAUAUACAGCAAUUUGUUUAAGAAAAAAAAAAAAGUACAGUUGUUCAAAAUAGUUGGAUGUAAUUAUGUAAAGUCAACAUGAGCAAUAUGGAGCAAGGCUCAUUUUUAUUUUUCACAAAUGAUAAAAACAUUUCUAAACACCUUUUUUUGCUUUGCCUUAUGGGGUAUUAUGUGUAGAUUGUUAAGGAAUAAAAUCAAUAUAAUUUAUUUUAGAAAUAAGGCUGUAAUGUGACAACGUGGUAAAUGUGAAGGGGUCUGAAUACUUUCCAAAUGCAGUGUGUAAUUUCACAUGAGACAAAUUAUAUCUUUACAGUAGAGAAUCUAUGUUUCUUUUAGGUAUGUGUU